CAAAAGGGCGGUGCAAAGAUUCAGAAAGGUAUAAAAACACUUUUCGUUCACCAGCCAACCACAUAACAAGAGCCCUCGUCCAAAAACGAUUACAAAGAAUCACUUCUUUCAAGAAGAAUCCCCAUCCAGCAUCAGCCUCAGCUACAGAAUAAUGGCCGGAGCACUUAACCUCUGUUCUUCGAGGAGCUUGGUCUUCAUCGUAUUGGCCAUCCUAUGCUGUUCCCUGCUAUGCGAAACGCGGGCUCAACAGUUUUACCCCAACGGUCGCUAUGGAAGAAGAAGCGUCAUUCCUCCUCUUGCUGAUUCAACGCAAGACUUCCGAGUAGCAAUUUCUGGAGAUGAUUCACUGAUUUGCAAAUUCACAGGUUAUGCUGAUUACUAUAGGUGCACGAGAAAAGAAGGCACAGCCGACCAAGUUCUCAACUGAGCAAAGAAGAAGAUAUACAUAAAAAUAAUUUUAUUUCUGAAUAUAUAUACUUUUUUCUUGGAUUGUGAUAUUUAUGUAUGAAUAAGGAAACAACAAUGAAUCAAUAAAAUAUAACUUUCACGGUA